AUGACGGGCAACGGGAGCUUCGUGCGCGCCCCGAGCAGCAGUACUCUUAGCGAGCGCUCUCCACUUUUGCGUGCAAUGAGUCAGAGUGAGUUGACACCCUUUGAAGGGUCGUAUAUGUCCAUACCAGCCCCUUUAAGUGACAGCGGACGGCUCUCAAACACAGAGAUGUUCCAGCCACUCAUCUAUGCGGAAAAGGCGUUAGCUGCGCUGUUGAAUGGAGUGUUACUGUAUGCCUUAGGCUGCGUUCUCGGCGUGGCACUAGUUUCUUUGAACUUCGAGGGUGUACUAGGCGAAGUCAAUUGGUGGCUAGUUUUCCUGCCAUUCUGGCUGGCUAACAUGGCCAUAUUUUAUGCGCACUUGUCAUCUAUUUGCCACGCCAAGACACUACGACGGUGGGCUGACGUUGAAUCAAUGAGUAACGAGCCUCUCUUGCCGCUACUUCGUCGUAUUGUCCUAGUCUAUGCCAUCAGUUUUCCGUUGACAAUACUGCUAUUGUGGAGCGAGUUGGCAUUUUGCGCAAGUUUACAGCAUGCGGCGGCCACAAGCCUUUAUGUUUGUUAUGCUCCACUCAUGGUCAUUCAGGUGGCGUUCGUAGUCCGGUAUUUACUCUGCAGAUCGGAUAGCACGUUACCGGGAAUUUGCUGGGUGCUGAUGUUCGUAUUUACGCUCCUGCUAGCGUACCAGACCGACACACAACGUAAGCUUGAGUCCCCAAAUACUACGCAAUCGCCUAUGUCUUGGUGGAUUGUAUUCGCACCACUUUUCGUAUUUGAAUUGCUCAUGACGGCAUCGCUACUGCUCGUACUGUACAAUGAAUUUUCGGGAAUCUAUCGCUUAACUCGAUGGCAAUUAGCAGCUAGCGUGUUGUACUCAAUGGCUCUGGUAUCAGGGCUGAGUGGUGAGCUCAUGUUGCUGGAGCAAGUAAACUAUCACUGGGGAACAUUUACAUUUCCUUCUGGUCUCAUGUUCUUUGGGCUCGUGUGUGCUUGUGUGGCCAUGUACAUUGUGGGCCGCCACCAUGUGGAAGAGCUGAUGGCAUCAAAGGGCGGUGCAGUACCUGUUCCUUUGACGAGGACAGCUGAUGGAUGGAUUACGAGUCACGCUGUAGUCGAGCAGUGGGUACUCUUUGGGCAUAUUUACCUAACUGCGCAUGGAUUACAGUUACGGAAUAGAAAACCAAGAAGCAACUCAGAAGUCGAGGCGGAGGCAGCUGGCAGUCGAAUUGUUCGGCAAAUGAAGGGAUUUUUGACUCGAGCCACUUCGGAAGAAAACAUUGGCGAAGACGACCCGGAACGACGUUUUUGCAAUGUCUUGCGGCGGAAAAUGUCUGGGAGCUACAGCGACGUGGUUUUAGAGGUUGUAGAUACCCCCAAGACCCCAAACGAUGCUCAAAUUAACAAGUCUGUAGUCACAUGA